GGUGUUGCGGGGAGUCCCGGAACCCGCGAGCCGGAGCCRCCGGGCUCGAGUGUGACUGGCGCGCGGCCGGCGCUUCCCGUGUGGCGACGCGACUGCUGAGCGCUUGGGGGAGGCUGCGCAGUGGCCGCCGCGGAAGCCGCGCGGGGAGCCGAGCCACCAUGUUCAACCAGCAGCAGCAGCAGCAGUUCCAGCAGCAGCAGCUGCAGCAGCAGCAAUUGCUGCAGCUUCAGCAGCUGCUGCAGCAGCCCCCACCACAGGCCCCCUUGCCCAUGGCUGUCAGCAGGGGCCUCCCCCAGCAGCAGCCCCAGCAGCAGCUUCUGAGUCUCCAGGGGACCCACUCGGCCUCCUUCCUCAAUGGCUCCAUGCUCCAGAGAGCUUUGCUUUUGCAGCAGUUACAAGGACUGGACCAGUUUGCAAUGCCAUCAGCCACGUAUGACAGUGCCGGUCUCACCAUGCCCACGGCAACAUUGGGCAACCUCCGGGGCUACAGCAUGGCCACCCCGACUUUGACAGCCCCUAGCCUGACACCGCCCCAGCUGGCACCCCCAAAUCUGCAGCAGUUCUUCCCCCAGGCCACCCGCCAGUCCCUGCUGGGCCCCCCUCCUGUUGGGGUCCCCAUUAAUCCCUCCCAGCUCAACCUCUCAGGGCGGAUGCCCCAGAAACAGAGCCGGGCCCCCUCCUUCACCAAUCGCAAGGAUUCCUCUUCUCAGACGAUGCCUGAGGAAGACAGGUCAGACCCCCCAGAGGGGUCUGAGGAAGCCAGAGAGUUCCAACUGGACACAGCUGAAGACCAGGGGCUGUGCCCCUGCCCAGAGGCCAUCACUAGCGAAAAACACACUCGAGCACCUGAGCCUAAGCCCUGUGAGGCCUCGGAGCCACCAGCCAAGAGGACCAAGAGCUCAGAGGAGCCCACAGAGAACGGGCCUCCAGGGCAGCCACGGACCCGGAUGACAGCACUGAAGCAGACGCAAACCCCAGGGCUGCUGCCUGAGCCACUGGAGGCCCGAGGGAAGCCACGAUUCCAGCCUCAAGUACAGCCACAGACUCAGCCACAGAUGCCGCCAGUGGACACGCAGGUGCAACCAAAACUGCACAAACAGGCACAAACUCAGACCUGCCCCGAGCACUUAGGGCUGGAGCAGAAUCAGGGGAAGCCACCGGCCAGUUCGCAGCCCCCAGAGCAGGUGCAGCUGCAGCGGCAGAAGCAGGCCCAGACACAGACGCAGCCACAGUGCCACACGCAGGCACAGGCCCUGAAGCAGCCAUCAGAGCAGCCGCAGGAGCAGCCUUCCGCUCAGGUGCCAGCCCAGACCCAGGGUCAGCCGCAGGCCCAGCCACUGGGGUAUGUGCCAGCACCCGAGCCAACGCCAGCUCCCGCUCAUGCCAUUGUGCUGGAGGCACCGGCGCCCGACGCAGUGGAGGCUGGGGGAGGCACAGAGGUGGCCUCUCCGGAGCCAGUGGAUACCCAGGUCAGCGUGGGAGCGAGCCAGGAGGAGCCAGCCAGCGGCCUGGAUGUGGGAGAAUGUGAAAAAAGAGCCAGGGAGAUGCUGGGGAUGUGGGGUGCCGGGGGCUCCCUGAAGGUCACCAUCCUACAGAGCAGCAACAGCCGGGCAUUUAGCACUGUGUCCCUCAUGCCUGUGUCCCGUCCCGGUGACUGCACCUCUGCCAGCCUUGCGGCCCCCAUGCCCUCCAGGCAGGCUCUCCAGUUCUUCUGCUACAUCUGCAAGGCCAGCUGCACCAGCCAGCAGGAAUUCCAGGACCACCUGUCAGAGGCUCAGCACCAGCAGCGGCUUGGGGAGAUCCAGCACAUGAGCCAAGCCUGUCUCCUGUCCCUGCUGCCCAUGCCCCGGGACGCCCUGGAGAGAGAAGAGGAAGAGCCUCCACCGAGACGCUGGUGCAACACCUGCCAGGUCUACUACACGGGGGACCUGAUCCAGCACCGCAGGACGCAGGACCACAAGAUCGCCAAGCAGUCUUUGCGACCCUUUUGCACCAUUUGCAACCGCUACUUUAAGACYCCCCGCAAGUUUGUAGAGCAUGUGAAGUCCCAGGGGCACAAGGACAAGGCCAAGGAGCUGAAGACGCUUGAGAAGGAGAUAGCUGGCCAAGACGAGGACCACUUCAUCACGGUGGAUGCCGUGGGUUGUUUUGAGGGUGAUGAAGAAGAGGAGGAUGAGGAUGAAGAAGAAGAAGAAGAGAUUGAGGUUGAGGAGGAAUUCUGCAAGCAGGUGAGGUCCAGAGAUAUAUCCAUAGAGGAGUGGAAGGGCUCGGAGACCUACAGCCCCAACACUGCAUACGGCGUGGACUUCCUGGUGCCUGUGAUGGGCUACGUGUGCCGCAUCUGCCACAAGUUCUACCACAGCAACUCGGGCGCACAGCUCUCCCACUGCAAGUCCUUGGCCCACUUUGAGAACCUGCAGAAAUACAAGGCAGCCAAGAACCCCAGCCCCACCUCCCGGCCCGUGAGCCGUCGGUGCGCCAUCAAUGCCAGGAAUGCUUUGACUGCACUGUUCACCUCCCAUGGCAGUAGCGGCCGCCCACCCAGCCAGCCCAGAACCCAGGAUGUGGCCAAAACCWCCAGCAAGAGCCCUCACUGACAAAGUAGGCGUUCGUUGAAUGAAUGAAUGAGUGAGUGGAAGAAGCUCUGACCCCACCUCUGCCUUUGCUCAACUGUCUCUGUCACCUACAAUGCUUCAGCCUCAACAACCCUUCAAGGACCAGCUCAAAUGCAGCCUCCCAGAUGUCUUCCCUAGUCUCCACUAGAACCUGGCACUCACUCCUCUACUGCCACUCUUGACUGGCCUCUCUGCAACGCAGUGUCCCUGAGGACCCAAGGUCUGGGCCUGUGCCCACUGCGGGACCCAGUUCUGAGCCAGCCCAUGACUCAGAUGCACCCAGCUGCCAGUCUGGGACCAGAGGAGAAGCGGCUGGUGGUGAUGGAAAAGGCCAGGGCCCAGGAGGUCUGGACUGGGGGUGCAAAUAUGCCUGCAUUCUUGCAAAUGGGCACCCCUCAGAGACAAAGAGUCCUGGGAAUCUGCUGAUCUUAAAGUCCAUUCCACUCAUGGUACAGAUGGGGAAACUGAAGCCUCAGAAGAAAGGAACCAGCCAAGGGUCGUACAGCUGGUUGGUGACCACUGAAGCUCUGACUUGGGGAUCAGGGCCCUUGGGUCUGAGUUCCAGCUCUCUGGGUUACUGCAGUCACUACAGUUCCCUUCUGGAAAAGGGGCUAAGAAUCAAGUUUUCAAAUGUAUCAAGAGCUCAGCCACAAGAGUGCUUGUAUAGCAUGCAUGAGGUCCUGGGUCUGACUCCCCCUGCAGAGCACACACAAAAAAAACUCAGAUAGGGUCUGGCCACAGGCAGUCACUACCAUAAAUAUUUUGCACUGUGUCAGAGACAAACUGGAAAAAGGCCUAGUAGCCCAAUGCUUGUCCCCUAAGUGAAAGGUCUUGUACCUUUGUUAAAAGAAGACCUAGGUGAUUAAAAUGUUCUAAGCUAUUGUGAUCAAUGCACAACUAUGUGAAUAUACUAA